AUGAUCUCAACUCCCAUCCACACUUCAGUCCCGGCUUCAAGUCAGGCGAUCCGAAUCGCCGCUGCCGGUGUACUACGCCAAGCUCGACCCUGUGUGCACAGCCGUCUCUCCCUUAAAGUACCUAUUUGCGGCGCUGCUCUACACCACCCAGCACCUCGUUUCUUCUCAACGACACCUGCUCAUCAAUUGCGAGACUUUUUCCCUGCCAAAGACACGCCUCAUAUCAAAACUACGCCGGCAGCAUGGCCUCAUCAUGGGUAUACGGCCGAGGAGAUGUUGGCCGUAGUCCCUGAUCACCGACCGCCUCGAACUGUUGGGGACUGGGUCGCCUGGAAGAUUGUCCGAAUUGCGAGGUACUGUAUGGAUAAAGCAACAGGUAUGGAACGGGAGCAGCACAGCGAUAAGAGCAAACCGACUACAGCUGUUGUGGCCGAGAAGCCACUUACAGAAGCACAAUGGCUGAUUCGGUUCGUGUUCCUUGAGAGCAUUGCUGGUGUGCCGGGCAUGGUUGCUGGCAUGCUCCGCCAUCUGGGCAGCCUACGCCGAAUGAAACGAGACAAUGGAUGGAUCGAGACACUCCUGGAAGAGAGUUACAACGAGAGAAUGCAUCUGUUGACGUUCAUGAAGAUGUGCGAGCCCGGAUGGUUUAUGAAGCUGAUGCUCAUCGGAGCUCAAGGCGUGUUCUUUAACGCGAUGUUUAUCUCGUACCUCAUCUCGCCAAAAAUUGUCCACCGCUUUGUGGGAUAUCUCGAAGAAGAAGCAGUCCACACUUACACGCGAUCAAUUUACGAAAUCGAACAGGGUCUCCUCACCCGAUGGUCCGACCCCAACUUUAAGAUUCCUGAGCUUGCCAUUCAGUAUUGGAACAUGCCCGAGGGCAGCAGAACGAUGAAGGACCUCAUCCUCUACAUUCGUGCCGAUGAGGCUGGCCACCGAGGCGUCAACCACACACUCAGCAAUCUCAACCAGCAAGAAGACCCGAAUCCAUUUGUCAGCACCUUCAAGGACCGUGAGGUUCCCAAGCCGGCGCUUAAGCCUGCUGGCUACGAGCGUGCAGAGGUGAUCUGA